CAUAAUUUGUUUCACAGUUUCAUUCGAAAGAGUGUAAAAGUAUCUUCUUUGCAUCAAUCAGGAUUCUUGGACUCAGCGUUCUACAUGUGAUGUCUGAAUCUGGUUUGAUUAUUGAAGCCUGUGUUAUUGCUUCAGGGAAACUGGUGUGCAACGGAAAGCUGAAGGAUCCGUUAACUUGUUUUAAGUCUUCUCUGAAAAUUAGUCAUAUUUUGACAGUCGAAAAUGUCACGAUUACUUUCACGUUCAGCGGAUCUUCUAAGCAUUAGGUGUAAGGACACCUCCGCGCAUAAAGUGCGUUCCUACUCUUCCUUGUGGACUAAUAAUAAAUGUACACUCCGUAAACACUUUGUUUACGAACAGAACCGAGCCAUCUUCACGUCCCAGAGACAACGGAUUUUUACAUUCUUCCACUCAAUGCGUUCAAAGUUUUGGUUUUUAGGGCUUGGCGCUGGGUUUGCGUUGGCAUUAGGGUUAAAGGACCGAGUGUACUUUUCUGAACGUUGUGAGUGCAACAACACAGAAAACGAUCGCUCAGUAUCUGCGAGUUAUAGCACUGCCAUAGAAACAAGCAGAGACCUACUCCAGAGGAUAAAGGUACAGGAUGAAGUGGCAGCUCCGGGGAUAGUAGUUGGGGUGUCUGUGGAUGGGACUCCGAUAUGGCUUGAAGGUCUGGGCUACGCUGACCUGGAGAACAGAGUGGCCUGUGGCCCACAGACGCGGAUGCGCAUCGCUAGCAUUAGCAAGCCCCUCACGGCAGUAGCGGUGGCCAGGCUCUGGGCAGAGGGCCGGCUGGAUCUCGACGCCCCUGUGCAGAAAUAUGUCCCAGAAUUCCCAGAGAAACAGUUUGAGGGUGAAGCCGUCACGAUAACCCCACGGAUGUUGCUAUCCCAUCUGAGUGGGAUUCGUCACUACGAGAAGAAUGCAAAGAAGGUAAUAGAGGAUAAGGAAAAAGCAAAGAGACUUUUGAAGCCACCAGAGAGGAAAAUCAAAGAGAACGAGAAGAAUGUUGAAAACAAAGAAUCCCCUAAAAACAAGGACAGCGGCACCAAGAGUACGGAGGCCAAGCAAAAGAAGGAGUUUGAGCAUGAAGAGUACUACCUGAAGGAAAGUUUUGAGAGUGUAAUUCAUGCCCUGGAUUUGUUUAAAGAUGACCCACUUAUUUUGAAACCAGGCACCACCUUCCUGUACUCCACCCAUGCCUACACCCUGCUCAGUGCAGUGGUGGAGAGAGUGGUGGGUCAGCGCUUCCUGGAUCACAUGAUGAAGGAGUUCCGCGAACUGGGCAUGCUCAACACCGUACCAGAUGAGAAUGACCCCAUUAUAUAUCACCGCUCAAGAUUUUACCGUUUCAAUAAAAAGGGCCGUGUGGUGAAUUGCCCCUACGUGGACAACUCCUAUAAGUGGGCGGGAGGCGGGUUCCUCUCCACUGUGGGAGACCUGCUGCUGUUUGGAAACGCCAUGCUCUACAGCUACCAGGUGGCUCAUGUGAAAAAUGUCAAGGGCCUCCUGCCAGGAUUCCUCAAGCCAGAGACUGCCAGAGCAGUGUGGGCCCCUGUGGACAAAACUGAGGGAUCAUGGGAUAAAGACGGGUUAUAUGGCAUGGGCUGGCUGGUGGUGGAGAAACAGCAGAACUAUGGGCAUUGCAGGAGUCGCAGGCACUAUGUUUCACACACGGGGGGUGCUGUAGGGGCAAGCAGUGUCCUUUUGGUGUUGCCAAGUGACCCAGUGGAGCCACGAGGGAACUCGCCGGUGCCGCCUAAGGGAGUCGUGGUUACCAUCAUCGCCAACAUGCAGUCUGUGGGACUGAACAGCACUGCAUUAAAGAUUGCACAGGAAUUUGACAAAGCUAGAGGGGUCUGAGAACAGUGUUCGAAAUGGUGUUUGUGUGUGUGAGUACGUGUGUUUGUACGUGUGUGGAUGGAUUUUUGCGAGUGCUUGCCUUUGAACCUGUUAUGUGUUUCUCUGUUUAAUUUGUUAAUACCACUAUGGCAAUUGCCAGCUUUAAAAAUAAAUUUUGUAGCAUUAAAAAUGAAUACAAAAAAAUUCCAAACUUGAGUGUGGGUUUAUAGGUAAUUUAUGGUUUUGUGCAUUCAUAUGAAAAUCCUGAUAAUAAUUUCAAAAGCCU